UAUUAAGAUACUUUAUACUCAAUUUAUAUUCUAGUGUGAUUUGUAUUAUAAAAUAGAUUUUCUCAAUAGCCAAUAUUUAAUCACAAAAUACAAUGAAGAUGUAAAAACAUAAUUUAUUCUAUUUCUAUUUAAUAAUCCAUUACAAGAUACAUAUGUGAUAUCAAUGAGUCCAUUGAAUACAAUUUAUCGUAGAUUAUUUAUCAAAAAAUUAUAUUAUAUUUGUUUAUUUAUUUUAUUUAUAAUUAUCCUAUUCAAUAAAACAAUUAAUAAUAAAAUAAAUGAAUUAUCAAUAUUAUAUAAUUAUUCAUUAACUUAUCAAAAUUUAGAUAUGAAUUUGACAAAUAUUUGUGAAUCAUUUUUAAAUAUAGAACCAAAUCAAUUAGUUGCUAGGCAAUAUGAAAAUUAUUCAACAAAACAACAUUUAUUAUAUUCAUGGAAAUCAAUGAAUGAUUGUAAAUUAUUUCGAAAAUCAUUUCAAUAUUUAUUAUGGAUAAAUAAAGAAGAAUUAAAUUAUCCAAUUGCAUUUGCAUUUACAGUUUAUGAAAAUAUUGAUCGUAUAGCACGUUUAUUACGUUUAUUAUAUAGACCAUAUAAUUUAUAUUGUAUACAUGUAGAUCGUAAUACAUCAAAUGAAUUUUAUCAAUCUAUAGUUGAUUUAGCUAAAUGUUUUGGUAAUAAUAUUGAAAUAAUUAAACGUUCACAUAGUGUUUCAGUGAAAUGGGGUUAUUUUUCUGUAUUAGAUUCAUUUCUUAAAUGUACUCAAAUUAUGUUAAAUAAUACAAAAAUUCAAUGGAAAUAUGUUAUGAAUAUUAAUGGAAAAGAAUUACCAUUACGUACUAAUUGGGAAUUAAUUAAAGCAUUGAAAGCUUUGAAUGGAGCUAAUAUCAUUGGAUGUACAACAAAAAAUGGACCAAAGAAAAGAAUUCCACGUAGAAAACCAUCAUUCAAUGUUACAUGGAUAAAAGGAAGCUUUUUAGUUGCAUUACGUAAAGAAUUUGUCAGAGAAGAACAACAUUUAAUGAAAAUACCAGAUGAAAUGUUUUUCAGUACAUUAGCUUAUAAUCCACAACUAUUUGCUCCUGGUGCUUGUAAAGAAUUUUAUCCACCUAAUGAAAAUGAUAAUCAAUCAACUUUCGUAUCACGCUUCGUUAUUUGGAAACCCAAAAGAUGUGCUACCGGGAAGAGAUAUCAUACAAUAUGUAUGUUAGGUGUACAACAUUUAUACAAUUUAACAAAACGUCAAGAGUUUUUCGCCAAUAAAUUUCAUAAUGGUUUUUAUGAUGCAGCGUAUGAUUGUCUUGAAUAUUGGAUAUUGAAGAAAAUGAAGAACGAACGUUUAACGGGUAGAUUAGAUCCAACAUUUAAUCCUCAGUUCUAUGCUGAUCUACAUUGUUCAAAAAACCAUAUAUAAUACCUUCGAGCUAUGUUACUCUGUUAUAUUAUUUGUGCAUUUGUUUGAAAAAUCUGUGAACUUUCAGUUUUUUAUUGCACCAUUCUUUGUUUAAAAUAUCACUUGCGAUUUGAAAUACAGAAAUGACAAUAUAAUCCACAUCAAGUAUCACUUAGCACCCUUACUUGGACAUGUCUUCUAAUUAUUUGAAAUUUCUGUCCUCUGUAUGUUGAAAAUUCACCCAUUUGUGCAUUGUUCCAAGUGCUUUGUACUGAACAGUAUAUUAUUUUUGAAUGUAAUCUAUUCGAUUCUA